CAAGAUGGUUUAGCUCACUGAGCAUCAGAGGAGCUGAAGAAGGUGUCAGUGUUCAUGAAAGGCGUAGAGGGAGCUGACUGCUGAUCUCUGCGUCAGUGCGUUUUAUCGACUCACCUGAACAGGAAGACUCGACACAAGACAACACUGUUGUGACAGCAUCUGCCGCCAUGUCUGUGAGCGAGACUAAAGCAAACCUUUCUACAAAGAUUCAUCAAGAAGCUGUGGUUUUGGCGCUUACGUGCCCCAUCUGCUUGCAGCUCUUCUCUGAACCGGUUUCUCUUCCCUGUGGUCACAUCUACUGCUUUGCCUGUCUUCAGACCAUGGGAGAAGGCCUUGACCAAUACAGCUGCCCUGAAUGCCAGACGGCAUAUGAGGGAACCACAGCCCUUGUGAAAAGCUUCAAAAUGUGCAGCAUGGUAGAGAACUACAGAUCCACUGCUGGGAAAAUCAGCUCCACUGCAAACCCUUCUGACGUCGGCCAUGUAGCAGUGAAGAGUCACGAUAGCUCAGUUACAGAUGAAUCAAACGCAAAACAUCACCAGGACUUUGCAAUGGCUGGGGUAUACCAGGAGGAGUUGACAGAAUGCAAGGCAAAGGAUGGCUUAGAAACUGAGUCUGGAUCCACAGAGCACCCCGUUUCUUUGGCUCAAGAGCAAAGCAGUGGCAAAGGCAAAAUGGAAAUGGAUGAACCUAAAUUCAGACUGGCAUCUCAGGUCACAGAGUUGAACCUCAAGUUGGAGAUGGCAGAGGGUGUUCUGAGGAAAGAGAAGGAACGGGAGUUAGAGGUGGCCACUGGUAAUGCUCAGUUGAGGGAGAAAGCAUCCAGACUGUUAGGGCAGAUAAAGGAUUUGUCCCAGUGCUAUAGUGCACAGGUGAUGCAGAUGAUUGAAGAAGAGUUAGGUCCAGGUGAGGCCACUAUAGUCAGUCGAGUCAGUCAAGCCUCUGAGCUGACUAACCAGCUGAGACAGGCUAUGCUCAGAGCUGAGUCUCUGUUGACUGAAGAAGAUGGGGCUGCAUUUAGUGACGAGCUCCAAAGCCUACAACCGCACAUUGUGGAGUUAAUGGCAAAACCGGUGGGAGGAGACGGAGACCAUGUUGAAUCAAGAGUCAACCCUGCACGAGCCUGUCCCAAGCUGGAAAACAUGAACACUGAGCUGAGGGAAAGACUUGGAGAGAUUCAGCGCUCCCUUCGGAACACCCUCAACCCUUCAGAGGUGACCUUUGACCCAGAAACAGCCCAUCCCAACCUCAUUCUCUCAGAGGACUUGAAGACAGUGACUUUCAGCGCCACAAAACAGCCCUACCCACCCUCUCCUCAGAGGUUCACCAGCUUCUUCCAGGUCCUCAGCACCCAGAGUUUCUCUGAAGGUGAUCAUAGCUGGGAGGUGGAGCUUGAAGGCUCCCCAUGGCUCAUUGGUGUGUGCUACAGUGGGAAGCUAGCACGCAGCGGACUGCCCUCAGCUCUGGAAAGCAGCCGGAGCUCCUGGUGUCUGAUGUGGUUCAACAAUCUGCUGACAGCCUUUGAGCAGAGUCACAGUGUGCCGCUGAAGAGGACCACAGUGUCACGCAGGCUGGAGAUCAAGCUGAGCUUUAAGACCCACAGGCUGAGCUUCUACAACGUCAGCCCCAUCAGCGGGAAGACUCAUGUAUACACAUUUAAGGCUAACCUGACUGAACCAGUGCACCUGGCCUACAGGAUGAUGUCAGGGCACCCGAAAGCACGUGUCACUGUUUAUUCAUAAUCAUAAACAUUGCUAUUACCUGUAUUUAGUUCUUAGCAGAUGUGCUGCAUAGUAGAACAGUGCUAUAACAUUAAAGUUGAGACUUGAAUUGUUGACUUGAAAAGGUGUGUCUUAAUAGAAGACAGACUGUGAUUCCUCAGGCAACUUGUUUCAAAGAAUUUAGAAAUUCUGAUGGCACUUCCAGCCUUGUACUUUGGUUGCUUUGCGAGAUAAUGUAAGACUGCUUCUCCAUAGGCAGAGAAACAUAAAUGUAACCGAAUUACUCACUGCAGUGUGCUUUAAACAUAAUGCUCAAAUACAGUGCUCAAAAUGAUGUGUUCAGAAAUGUAAUUAUUUUGUCUUUAUGGUAAUACACUCCUACUGUAACGGUUCAAAUAAAGCAAAAGGUAUGAACAUUGAGAAAUAUUAUGUUUUAUGAUGUUUUUUAAAGACUUACAAAAAAGCCUUACAAAAUUCCUUAUAUUCCAAGCUUAAUAAUAUAUAAUAUACCUUUCUUACUAAAUCUAAAUGAAUCUGAAAAAGAAAAAAGAAUUGUCACAACCCGCCUCUCCCAUAGAGUAAAAAAAAAAAAAAAAAAAAAAAAAAAAAAAA